AUGAGUCUGAUCUUCCACCCACGAAACUCGGGUGAGAGUAACGACGAAGAAGUGGAAGAAGGGGAGAAGUUUGAAGAAGGGCCAGAUGCUGGAGAGCAGCAAUCUACUGGUUCGUCUGAGGUGAGCAAUGAAGAGGAGGAGGAGAAAGCAAUCCCAUCUGAUUCAGACAGUGAGGGCCAAAGCUUUGUGGACAAUCCCGAAUCGGAAGACGACAGCAACAACAACAAUAGCAACAGCAGUAACAUAGGGGACAGCAACGAACAGGGGACAGGUGAGAAUGAGAUGCUCCCUGCACAAACUACAUAUUAUCAACUGACACAGACAACGCCACCUACAGGUCAGAAUGGAAACACGAUACAGAAACCCGAAAAGGGUGAUGCCGGCGGUGGGAACACUGUAGACGCAACUGGCACCACGGACAACAACGAUGAUUACGAUGGCACGGAAAACGGCAAGAAAUCUGGACAUCCUCACUCAAGAAGGAAAGGUGGUGCCUCCGGAAAACACAAGAAGAAGAAGGGCUCCAGGAAGACCGGGAGGAAGAAGAGAGGAUGGACAUACGAAAAGCAUCUUAGCGACACUCCUGACCAACGCGGGUUUCGCAGAUGA